UCGAAAAAAAAAUGCAUAGAUAAUUAAUGAACUAAAUUUGAGUCAUUACAAUAUCUUUUGGACAGGUGAAUUUUCGCCGCCGUGGACUCGGAUCUCAUAUUCGCCGCCGGGGAGAUUUUCGUUUUUUUAGAGAGAUAAGAUGUUUGGGGGCAGAGCUCUCCGUCGGUUGCUAAGAGAGAGACUUCAGUCGCAAAACACCGUAUCUCCAGUUUUGUCAUCUCUUAUUUCUAAGAAAGAGCAGGAUGCAGUUGGAUCUGCCACCACCAAGUCCUGGAGGGUAUUGGCUCUAUGUGGGGCAGGUGUCUCAGGGUUGUUAAGUUAUGCAACAAUAGCAUCUUGUGAUGAGGCUGAACAUGGUUUGGAAGCUGCCACCUAUCCUUGGCCACACAGUGGCAUUCUAAAUUCAUACGACCAUGCUUCGAUUCGUCGUGGUCACCAGGUGUAUCAACAAGUUUGUGCCUCCUGCCAUUCAAUGUCCUUAAUUUCAUUCCGCGACUUGGUAGGUGUUGCAUAUACAGAAGAGGAAACUAAAGCUAUGGCCGCUGAGAUUGAGGUAGUUGAUGGGCCAAAUGAUGAGGGGGAGAUGUUUACUCGUCCUGGAAAGCUCAGUGACCGGUUUCCUCAGCCAUAUGCAAAUGAACAAGCAGCUAGGUUUGCUAAUGGCGGUGCUUAUCCUCCCGAUUUAAGUCUUAUAACCAAAGCUCGUCACAAUGGCCAAAAUUAUGUUUUUGCCCUAUUGACCGGAUAUCAUGACCCUCCUGCUGGUGUCACAAUUCGUGAAGGAUUGCAUUAUAACCCUUACUUCCCUGGUGGAGCUAUUGCUAUGCCAAAAAUGCUUAAUGAUGGCGCUGUUGAGUAUGAAGAUGGUACACCCGCAACAGAAGCUCAGAUGGGUAAAGAUGUUGUCACCUUUUUAACAUGGGCUGCAGAGCCUGAAAUGGAAGAGAGAAAACUGAUGGGAUUCAAGUGGAUAUUCGUUCUAUCACUCGCGCUUCUUCAAGCUGGUUAUUACAGGCGCAUGAGGUGGUCUGUUCUCAAA